GCGGGUCGCACACACACACAGACACACACAGACACUGGCACGGCGUGAGGAGGAGGAGGAAGAGGAGGAGGAAGCAGCCUCGGCGCUUGAGGGAAAGGAAGACAUUUUCUACAAUGUGAAUUUCUACGGAACAAUUUCUGAUUUUCCAAAGCAGGAAGAGUUUCCCAGCAAAGCAGUCCAGUUAGACCACUGAUUGUCCACCCAGCACAGAACUCCUAUGUUUUUCUUCUGUAAUCAUGGCAAAACCUUAUGAAUUUAACUGGCAGAAGCCAGUUCCCUCUUUUCUGCAAGAUGGAGCUGUGUUUGAUAGAUACGAAGAGGAAUCUUUUGUCUUUGAAAGCAACUGUCUCUUUCAAGUGGAUGAAUUUGGCUUUUUUCUGAGCUGGAAAAGUGAAGGAAAGGAGGGCCAGGUGUUAGAGUGCUCCCUGAUCAACAGUGUUCGCUUUGGAGCUGUACCAAAGGAUCCCAAAAUACUGACUGCACUCGAGGCUGUUGGAAAAUCAGAAAAUGAGCUGGAAGGACGGAUAGUGUGUGUUUGCAGUGGCACAGACCUGGUGAACAUCAGCUUCACUUUCAUGGUAGCAGAAACCACAGAAAUAGCCAAGCAAUGGGUAGAAGGGCUUGGAUCCAUCAUACAUAACUUCAGAGCUAACAAUGUCAGUCCAAUGACGUGUCUCAAGAAACACUGGAUGAAGCUGGCCUUUCUAACAAACACAAAUGGGAAAAUUCCAGUUCGGAGCAUAACCAGAACGUUUGCGUCAGGUAAAACAGAAAAAGUGAUCUUCCAGGCACUGAAGGAAUUGGGUCUUCCCAGCGGAAAGAAUGAUGAAAUUGAGCCUGCAGCUUUUACUUAUGAGAAAUUUUAUGAGCUUACCCAAAAGAUAUGUCCCCGAACUGACAUAGAGGACCUCUUUAAGAAGAUCAAUGGAGACAAAACUGAUUAUUUAACGGUAGACCAAUUAGUGAGCUUUCUAAAUGAACAUCAGCGAGAUCCUCGGCUCAAUGAAAUUUUGUUUCCCUUUUAUGACACAAAAAGAGCAAUGCAGAUAAUUGAGACAUACGAGCCAGAUGAAGACUUGAAGAGGAAAGGUGUCAUCUCCAGUGAUGGCUUCUGCAGGUACCUGAUGUCAGAUGAGAAUGCCCCCGUGUUCCUGGACCGCUUGGAGCUGUACCAGGAGAUGGACCAUCCUCUGGCUCACUACUUCAUCAGCUCCUCCCACAAUACCUAUCUAACAGGCAGGCAGUUUGGGGGCAAGUCGUCAGUGGAGAUGUACAGACAAGUGCUUUUGGCUGGAUGCAGGUGUGUAGAGCUGGACUGUUGGGAUGGCAAAGGUGAAGACCAGGAGCCCAUAAUAACCCAUGGGAAAGCAAUGUGCACAGACAUCCUUUUCAAGGAUGUAAUUCAAGCCAUUAAGGAAACAGCAUUUGUAACAUCAGAGUACCCUGUCAUUCUUUCAUUUGAAAAUCACUGCAGCAAAUAUCAACAGUACAAGAUGUCAAAAUACUGUGAAGACCUUUUUGGAGAUCUCCUGUUGAAGCAGCCUCUAGAAACACAUCCACUUGAACAAGGAAAAGCCCUGCCAUCUCCCAAUGACCUCAAAAGAAAGAUUCUCAUAAAGAAUAAAAGGCUGAAACCUGAAGUAGAAAAGAAACAGCUUGAUGCUCUGAAGAAGAUGAUGGAGGCUGGGGAAACUGCUGCUCCUGUAAAUAUCCUGGAGGAUGAUAACGAAGAGGAAAUAGAAAGUGCUGACCAGGAGGAGGAAGCUCAUCCUGAGUACAAGUUUGGAAGUGACCUUGUAGAUGAUUACAGUCAAAAAGAAGCUGUUGCCAUCAGUGUCAAAAAGGGUUUAGUAACUGUGGAAGAUGAACAAGCGUGGAUGGCAUCUUACAAAUAUGUAGGUGCCACAACCAAUAUACAUCCAUAUUUAUCAACAAUGGUCAACUAUGCUCAGCCUGUAAAAUUUCAAGGUUUCGAUGUAGCAGAAGAACGUAAUAUUCACCAUAACAUGUCCUCCUUCAACGAGUCUGUUGGGCUGGGCUAUUUGAAGACUCAUGCCAUUGAGUUUGUGAACUACAACAAGCGGCAGAUGAGUCGGAUUUACCCCAAGGGGGGCCGUGUGGACUCCAGUAAUUACAUGCCGCAGAUUUUCUGGAACGCUGGCUGCCAGAUGGUCUCACUGAACUAUCAGACCCCAGAUCUAGCAAUGCAGCUGAAUCAAGGGAAGUUUGAGUACAAUGGAUCGUGCGGGUACCUACUAAAGCCAGAUUUCAUGCGGCGACCAGACCGGACGUUCGACCCGUUCUCUGAAACUCCUGUGGAUGGUGUUAUUGCUGCAACGUGCUCUGUGCAGGUGAUCUCUGGGCAGUUCCUGUCAGACAAGAAGAUUGGCACCUAUGUGGAGGUGGACAUGUACGGGCUGCCCACGGACACCAUCCGCAAGGAGUUCCGCACGCGCAUGGUGAUGAACAACGGCCUGAACCCUGUGUACAACGAGGAGUCCUUUGUCUUCAGGAAGGUUAUCCUGCCUGACCUUGCUGUGCUGAGGAUAGCUGUGUAUGAUGACAACAACAAGCUGAUUGGGCAGAGGAUCCUGCCUCUGGACGGGCUGCAGGCAGGUUACAGACACAUUUCCCUGCGCAAUGAGGGCAACAAGCCCCUCUCCCUUCCCACCGUGUUCUGCAACAUUGUGCUCAAAACCUACGUGCCUGAUGGGUUUGGAGAUAUUGUGGAUGCUUUAUCAGAUCCAAAGAAAUUUUUGUCAAUCACAGAAAAAAGAGCAGACCAAAUGAGAGCUAUGGGCAUUGAAACUAGUGACAUAGCUGAUGUACCAAAUGACACUUCCAAGAACGACAGGAAGGGGAAGGCCAACAAUCCCAAAGCCACUGUGACUCCUCAGAGUAGCUCUGAGCUCCGGCCCAGCACCACUGCAGGCCUGGGCUCUGGCACCGACGCCAAGAAAGGUAUAGACCUUAUUCCUCAAGUGAAGAUAGAAGAUUUAAAGCAAAUGAAGGCUUAUAUAAAGCAUUUAAAGAAACAGCAGAAGGAGCUGAAUGCCUUAAAGAAGAAGCAUGCCAAGGAGCACAGUGCCAUGCAGAAGCUGCACUGCACACAGAUUGACAAAAUAGUGGCCCAGUAUGACAAAGAAAAGGUGUCAUAUGAGAAAAUGCUGGAGAAGGCAAUCAAGAAGAAGGGAGGAAGUAAUUGCGUUGAAUUGAAGAAAGAAACGGAAAUUAAAAUUCAGACAUUAACAUCAGAUCACAAAUCUAAGGUCAAAGAGAUCGUGGCUCAGCACACCAAGGAGUGGUCCGAGAUGAUCAACACGCACAGCGCCGAGGAGCAGGAAAUCCGUGACUUGCACUUGAACCAGCAGUGCGAACUGCUGAAGAAACUGCUCAUUAAUGCUCACGAACAGCAAACCCAGCAGCUGAAAUUCUCCCAUGACAGGGAAAGCAAGGAGAUGCGUGCCAACCAGGCUAAAAUAUCCAUGGAGAACAGCAAAGCCAUCAGCCAAGACAAAUCCAUCAAAAACAAAGCUGAGAGGGAGAGGCGAGUCAGAGAACUGAACAGCAGCAACACAAAAAAGUUCCUGGAAGAGAGAAAAAGGCUGGCCAUGAAGCAGUCAAAGGAAAUGGAUCAGCUGAAAAAAGUUCAACUUGAGCACUUAGAAGUCUUGGAGAAGCAGAAUGAGCAGCUUUUGAAAUCCUGUCAUGCAGUGUCUCAAACACAAGGCAAAGGAGAUGCAGCAGAUGGUGAAGCUGGAAGCAGAGAUGGAUCGCAGGCCAGCAACAGUGGUUUAAAGCCUCAACAAGCAAAUUGAAGUUGGAGAGCACAGCAUCCUUAAAAUGAGAGCAAAAUUCAGAAUAACAUUGCUGAGGUUGAAGAGUGGGCUUUUGGUUUGUUAUGGUUUUGGCAGGGGUUUGUUUUGGGUUUUUGUUCUUAAUAUGUCAAGGGUAGCUACGGACCACCAAGUCUUAAGGUUUGCAUUGUUUCUUUUUUAACACUGGGCACUGAAUUUCCUUUGUUGGAUUUCCAUGAGAAUUUCCUUUGUUCAGAAAAACCCCGACCUGAGGAUGAAGAGAGCUUUUUAAACCCCAUCCUGUUUUCCUUUCUGUAUCUCACCAGGCACCUUGCCUGCAUCAGAAUCCCAGGAUCAGAGCCUCAAAACACGGGAGAUACCUUUAGCAUCAUCUCAGAUGGCAGCAAAGCUGUAGCUCGAGUGGUGUAAUUUCCCAUUUGUGUUCUCAUGUGUGCUGUGCUGUGCAGAAGCCCCGUGCUGCCAGGCCACACC